GUCCAAUGUCCAUGUACCUUACGAUACGAUUUCAGGCCAGGAUCUUCCUGACCAUGUUUUUCCUAGCAUUGAAAGUAGAAUAGCUCUAGGUGAGAGCUUCGUCGAUCGAAAAAAAACAUGUCUGCAGGACGCGGUGGCCCGGGUGGGCCAGCGGCGGGAGCAGCGGCGGCAAGCCUUGCAACCAACCCCUACGCACAAAGUGUCGGGCGUGGUAAAACUAAAAAUACAAAUACUCAAUACGAAACAAGAUAAUGAUUGUGAUCAUGACAUGAGAUUAUGGAUACAUAAUUUUGAUCUAGUCUACUGGCUCGGAAACACGCGACUGAUAGAGAAAUUAGCCCGUGGUGUUUGACGUUCAGUCUCAAUAGAACAGCUCAAAAGAAGGUACUUACAUCAACUUCAACAUUAUAUGAAGUAAGAACACGAUAAGGAUUACACACACACGCGCAUCAUUUUCACUACUAGAUUACGCGGCCUCAGCGGCAAGAGGCGCAGCAGGGAAGGCAAAGGCAGGCAUGAUAGAGCUGAAGCUUUAUGUCCAGGAGAAUCCGACGAGUGUAAGAGUUGCCUUGUUGUGCUCAGCAGCACUCCUAGCGCUUUUUUCGUUCAUCGGAAUCAUUAGCGUGUUCGCACUCUUCAACCCACAACAGUACUUUUCCCUUCAUCUUUUUCUAUCCCUAUUUUCUCAAAUAACUUUGAUAACAGAUGAGGUUAACCACGUUUAUUAAGUGUUAACAUGUUCAUCAUGAUGUUGUUCCUCAUUCGGAUGAGUAGUGCUGUGGGGUUAUCGUUAGAUUCCUCGUGAUUGAAGGCGAAUGAGCCUCACACAUCAUCGCGCGGCGAACAAAUGUCAAAUCUUCAAUGCUGAUUGUGAUUUCUUCGCAUGCUGGUUCUACUUGUGGAUUCAGCAUCCUUGAUUACCUUCUUCUUCAUGCAUAACAGGUUACUGAUCAACCUCUACAACCUCCUAUUUGCAAUUGUGGUGAUAAUAUUGGAAGGAAAGGAGGGCUGGUGUGGCGGUCUACAGAGACGGCUAUACGAGAAGGCAGCCUUUUUGUCGAACGGUUGCGGAAAGGGGGGCUUCAUAUUAUACGUCGGAACGAUGAUUUUUUGUGUCGAUUUGGAGACAGCGAGUACCUUCUGGGCAGUGAUGUACGUCUUGCUAGGUAUUAAAGCCACUCGCUCGAUCUUGGUACAGUGGUAUUUGAGCUUGAGGUGCUAAUGGAUGGAUUCUUUAGUAGGUGAUCAUCGUCUAGUUUUUAGUACUGAUUCUCAGAUUUACAUAUUUAUACAUAGAACUCUGUACUGCUUAGCCCUUAUGUAAAACAUGAUCAGAUCUGGUCGAUUCCGUAGUAGUACUAUGGUGCUUCGAAAGAUAUAAAUAUAUAUGUUCCAGGGCUCAGGGCGGGAGGCCCCCUCCCCGAUCUAACUUUUUGAAGGGGGGGGGGGCUCCCCGCCCCGGCCCCUCUUUUCGAGGGGCUGCCGGGGGGGAAGGCCUCAAAGCGCCCACUUCUGACCCCUUCCCGCUUCUUGCAUGUACGCUACAGACCUGGCAAAGGUGGCAAAGGCUGGGCCCUCUUGUCGUGUUGCGUGUGCCCAACCCUACGCCAAGGGGGCGGGGCCCGGACUUUGCCACCUUUGCCAGGUCUGUAGGGUACACGCAACAAGGCAGCGGGGCCCUGCCUUUGCCCCCUUUGCCAGGUCUGUAGGGUACACGCAACAAGGCAGCGGGGCCCUGCCUUUGCCCCCUUUGCCGGGUCGGUGGAUACAUGCAACAAGGCAGCGGGGCCCGGCCUUUGCCAGGUCUGUCGGGUACAUGCAACAAGCCAGCGGGGCCCUGCCUUUGCCAGGUCUGUAGGGUACAUGCAAGAAGCGGGAAGGGGUCAGAAGUGGGCGCUUUGAGGCCUUCCCGCCCGGCAGCCCCUCGACAGGCCUGGCCAAUAGGGUGGCAAGGCUGGACCCCUCUGGCGUGGUCCACCCCAGAUCCAUCCACAGGGGGGGGGGGAGGGGGCCUCCCUCCCUGGUACAUAUAUGAAAAAAUAUCAUCUCCACGACCUCCACCGCCACGUCAGAGAUGUGACGAAACCGAUAUUCACCGUACAGGUAUAAUGUUCUGCGGUUUGGGUCUAAUUCAAAUCCAGCAGAGUUCAUGUCCCGGAUGUUGCCGUGGGGACGGGCAUAGGCGAUUCAAUGACGACCAAGAUACAGCAGCAGGACCGGGCCCAGUACAGCUGGACAGAGCGAACGCGCUCACUGCCAAUCGUGCAAGUGACCAUAGACUGCCAAAUGCAGUCUGACGCACAUAAACAUCGUAAAAAAUCAUUUUCCGUUGCCCUUCCCCUAUCCUUCAUAAUUUCCCAUGCAUAUCAAAACCACCCUAUUAUGAUUACUUAAUUCAGAGUAUCCCGCAUCCGCAUUUUUGUUCGGAGCCAUAAGUGUUGAAAAUAUUUUUGAUUUGUAGUUCUUUUGAAAAUUAUGGUCCUCGACAUCAACAUCAUCAAGGAGGAGGCCUUCUAUACAUUUACAUGAUGAUGCUUAUGCUCGAAUGAAUACUUUCGAUAACAACAUGUAAAUGUAUCAACAUCAGUCUCGUUUACGUUUGUUGACAAUGUCAUAUUCCGAUGGACAUCUCUGCUUCCAUCUUCAAUCUCGGCCCAUACGAACCCCUCCUGUGCGGCCUCCUCCUUUCCUCUGAUGGAUCACUUGUUACCGCCUGCAUGCUCAGGACGAACAGUGAAUCGAGUACAUGAAGAUUAACAUCAUCAACUACGUCAGGCUUCCUGUAGUACUCGAAGCUAGUGAUAAUUCGUGGCGGUUGCAGCCUUUUGUUUUUAAGUUGCCGUACCGAGCGAGAGCGCGUGUGCUACAGGUGCUCCGCUUUGACGACCGACGAUCAACGAUCAUUUCAUAAAUAUAUGAGAAGCAGACUUCUUCUUCUAUUUCUAUCGAGAUUGGAAGUUCAAUCAGACGCAACGGCCUUCUGUCUCUCCCGUUUUUUCAACCCUUUCCCCUGUCUAUAUUUUUCUGGUGAGAGCAGGUAGAGAUCUAAGUAGUGACUCAACGCGACAAUGCAAGUCGACAUGCAACUAUUUGCCGUCUGCAAAAAAUGUGGAGCAAUCUUCAGAUAAAAAUUGGCUAUGACUUGAAGCUAGUACGGAAAAACCACUCAAUACUAAGCUUAAAUUAUGCCUUGAGUGUGAGUCAGUGUGUCAAACUAAAAUCCCUGAAAAGCUUUUCUACUCCACCUAAUGAUACUCGCGGAUUGACAUGUUGAGCCCACCUCCUUCAGACAGAAACAGCAAGGUAAAUGCAUGAAUGUGCCUUAGAAAUUUAGAGAGGUGGCGUUGGCGACACUAAUUUAGUUCUGCUCUAUAUAAUCACUUUAGGUUUAGGUGUAGCUUUGCUGCUGCAGUGAGG